GGCUCUCAGUCUCGCUGUGUUUCUCUUUAACAUUCUGUUCAUUUAUAGAGUAAAACAGCAGAUAUUAAACACAAACUGACUCUGGAUCUGUUCAGAAAAACACACAUCUACUGUCCAGCAGGAAAGAGCGCGAAUAUUCCUGCCCUGCUGAAGGCGACGGAGACUCUUUUCCUGUCAGAGCGAAAUAAGUGUGUUUUAUUAUGAAAUGAUGUCUUCAACACACACUGCUGUCAAGGCUGAGUUUAUAAAAGAGGAGAGUGAAGAAGUGCGGAUUCCUGAGCCGUGUGGAGAUGAAGAAGAAGAAGCCUUAACCCUGAAGAAGGAAGAGCCGGAGGAACACACAGCUCAGAUUGAGAUUAAACUAAACGAGGAUCUUCAGGACUGCGAGCAGCCUCAGUAUUUAAGCUGCUCAAGAAUCGGCACCAGCUUGACUCAGAAAAGAGCUCAAAGAGGAAAAGGCUUUUUCUUCUCCUGCCUGGAGUGCAAGAUGAGCUUCGAGACUAAGGAGCAUCUGAUGGAGCACUUCAGGAUCCACACUGGAGAAAGCUCCGCACAAACACACACCAACACAUCACAGAAACAGAUGAUGUUCUGCCAUCAGUGUUUCAGAGAGUUUUCCUGUAGAGAACAUCUGCUGGAGCACUACAGAAUACACAAGGUGGAGAAACCCUUUCCUUGUGAAGAGUGCGGGAAGAGUUUCUAUCAUAAGCAAAGCCUCGCAAAUCACGCAAAAUCUCACACUGACUUGAGGCCUUAUGUAUGCCAGCACUGUGGGAAGGGCUACAUCCAUGAAGAGAGUCUUAUUAUUCAUUUGAGGAUUCAUGAACUAGGCAAACCAUUUAAGUGUGAUCAAUGCGAGAGGACUUACACUUAUAAACACAAUCUUACGUAUCACCUUAAAGUCCACGCUGGCCUUUAACCAUUUGUGUAGAUGGAUUUAAAAAUAAAUAAGAUAUAGAUGGUCUGAUUGAUCACAUCUGGAGCCACACUGGGGAGAAACCUUUCCCAAAAAGUGAAAAUUGCUUCACAAUAAAAACAAGCCAGAACGAACUCAACCCGGUGAUUGACCUCUUGGCCAUUUAGAUCUCUGAGAGAUGUUCUAUAUGGUUUAGGUCUGGGCUCUGGCGAGGCCACUCCAGCACAUUCGGCUGGGAGAAAUAUAUCGAUUCAUUGAUGUAUGGCGAUUAUUUCUGUAGCGAUUCAGAAUUAAUUCUGUUUUUAAAUUAGAUUGCGAUGGUGCAUGUCUGGUGUGUGCAAGAUAGAAGCAGAAAAAUAAUAAGCAUUGGGUCGCUAAGGGCAUUGAUUUGCUUUUGAUGUUGGUGGGGAUCUAAUUUAACUCCACCCCAUCUUGAAAUGUAUUUGCACAGCUGAAGAAAUAGGAAAACGAUGUAGGUUAAUAAUCAUUUUGGAAUUGAAUUAUGACUCCCAGAAUUGGAUCCUGAAGCCCCUAAAGAUCCCAACACCUAAUUUUCCAUAAACAAUGCUCUUAUGUUGUGUUAUGUAAGGAAUAUUGAGAAUAACGCACAGCUGAGGUGGUCACAAUAUGAAGUGGUAUGCAUUUCAAGCUAACUGGAGUACUUUAUACUGCUUAUUUUGUAUUUUUGUCAAACUCAAAACACAAAAAAAUGUUCAUUAACAGAUAUUUUUACAGUGCAGUUCUGACCAUUACAAUCAAAACUGUUGAAUCUGAUAAAUAUGAGUCAACAUCUGUGUGAUCAAAUGCUUAAAUUAGUUUAAUACACUUUAAGGUCAUCUAAAAAACCAACAUGGACACUAUUUUACUUUGUUAGCACAUACUGCUGUUAUUGAGAUGAGCAGUUCAUUGUUUUGGUGUAAAGUGUCAUUUAUUUAUGUGAUGUAAAGCUGAAUUUUCAGCAUCAUUACUCCAGUCUUCAGUGUUUAUGAUCUUUCAGAAAUCAGUAAAUAAGAGAAUUUGA